GUUCGACGCCACAUGUAAAUUUUCGGUUUCGACGGUUUCAUUCGACAAAGGCGCUUCGCUUCAAUUGAUCUUGUAUUGAUAUUGGCUUCCAACGAAAAAGUUCCGCCAAAUCUUAAUUGCUACGAUAGUUACUAGAGCAGUUCCUUUGCCGGCAACAUGCGGGCGGUUCAAAUGAACAGAACAACAAUCCUCAUCGAGUAAACUCUCACCCGAGCCUCAGUAGCAGGAGGCCGUCGAAGAGAAUCUGCAGUCCCACCAGCACACGGCUUGAGAAGAGUUUCUGUAGCAGAGUCGUCAUCCAAUCGAACAGCAGCAGCCAGAGGCCGUGUCUAUACUAAAUUUGCGGACAGAGGCGGCAGUGUCAUUGUCCCUUGCUGAACAGGCACUGUCACUGUUUCUUCCUGAAGAGGCACUUGCUGGCCCCGCACCGCAGACCUCGUGUAAUCGCCACAGUCUGGUCCUUACCCAGCCAUUGACGCCGUUGAGAAGAAAAGGAAAAGCAACCCAAGCGGAUUUUGACGAAGGAAAUGUUGAGGUUCUAGAUCCAGGGGAAGAACAAGAACAGAAGCGCGUCAUCGUUGAAGACCUUUACCAGGCUCUAUAUCUUUGCGAAAGAUGGAACUUCCACUGAAGUAGCCGGAACCGGCGACGGUUCCUCCAAGCAGCGAAGAGCGGCGCGUGGCAGCUGGCACCGGCACCGGCGACGGAACUGAAACCCCAGCACCAUAUUUCUACGAUACUUCAAGGAAGCGUUCAUAAUGCCGAAAAACAAGAGAGCUCCUCUUUUUUCAAGUAUCGCCCUGUUGACAGCACGUUUUCCGUAACAUUUCAUAUCCGAAUGCCGUGGACAUGGAAACACAGGGCAAUGGCAAUGGCAGCAGCGGAUCCGACGACGACUGUCUGAUCAUUGACGAGGAGCCCGUCAUAAUCGAACUGGACGAUAGCUCCGAGAGCGAGCAGGCACAGUCUGAGGAAAGCGAAACAGAGCAUCAGGAAGAAGUCCCGGCAAUGCAGCAGUCCAGCGGCCUAUUAUUUCGCUAUGAUUUCGAGAAGGAAGUUGAGUUUAUUCCCAUCACCGAUGGGCAGUUGCGGGAGCUGCAAGACAUAGUGACGGGCCCAGACAAUGCUCCUCUUAUCACCAAAUAUUCGCGUACAAUCACUAAAAAGGAUAUUCGCACACUGACCGACCUGAGCCGGGUGAACGACACAGUGAUCAAUUUCUAUAUGAAUCUGCUCAUCGAACGUUCGCAGCAGACGAAGGGAAUUCUGCCCAGUGUCUACAGCAUGAGCACAGUCUUUCUGAAACGCGUCUUCGAGUGUGGGUUCGAUGCUGUGAAGUGCUGGACGAGUAAGAUUGAUGUGUUCAGCAAGGACAUCAUUCUAGUGCCUGUGCACUGCAAUAGUAAGCGUUGGUGCAUGGCCAUCAUACACUUCAAAAAUAAGACUAUCUUCUACUACGAUUCGCUUGGAUAUCCGAAUGACAUCGCCCUGGAUGUCCUUAAGAACUACAUUAUUGCCGAGUCGCUAGACAAGCGCAAGGUGCAGUACGACAUGAGCGGCUUUAGGAUUGAAAAUGUGUUGAAUGGUCCGCAACAAACGAACGGCUCAGACUGCGGUGUGUUUAGCUGUAUGACAGCCGAAUAUAUAUAG